GAGUUUCGGGAAGUAAGAAGGCGGUGUUAGUAGUCUCCCCUCGGCUGCUCCGCAGGGCGCUACGGUUGUCAGGGUCCCUGCCGGAGCCCAGGGAGCAAAGCGGGGUCGAGAGGGAGCACCUGAAGCAGCGCAACAGGCAGUUCCCGACCCGCCGGAGAUCACGCGGCGAGUCUGUGGCCCAAACCGCCCGCCGCCUCCGAGCAGUCGCCGGAUUGCCGCCCCACAGGGAGCCACUUGGCCCAAGGACUAACCCAGCCCCGGCACUCUCGCUCAGGAGAGGCUCUGCAGGCCGGCAUUCAGGCUGGCGAGCUCGCCCACGCAUCUCAGCCCAAGCAGUGGUCGUCUGGCUUGCGAAGAUGUCAGCCAAGCCCGCUGUCGGCUUCGUGAACGAGGCUUCUCGGCAGAUCCUGGCCGGUGGUUCCGCUGGUCUUGUAGAAAUUUGCCUGAUGCACCCUCUCGAUGUGGUGAAAACCAGGUUCCAGAUUCAGAGAUGUGCAACUGAUCCAAACAGUUACAAAAGCUUAGGAGACAGCUUUCGAAUGAUUUUCCGCACAGAAGGGUUGUUCGGUUUUUACAAGGGAAUUCUGCCACCCAUCUUGGCUGAAACACCAAAAAGAGCAGUGAAGUUUUUCACCUUUGAGCAGUACAAGAAAUUGCUAGGAUAUGUGUCACUGUCACCAGCAUUGACCUUUGCCAUUGCUGGAUUGGGAUCUGGACUAACAGAAGCCAUUGUGGUCAACCCUUUUGAGGUAGUAAAAGUUGGCUUGCAAGCCAAUCGGAACAAAUUUACAGAGCAACCAUCCACCCUGAGUUAUGCAAGACACAUCAUUAAGAAGGAAGGCUUGGGACUCCAGGGCCUCAACAAAGGAUUUACAGCAACUUUGGGACGUCACGGAGUUUUCAACAUGGUUUAUUUCGGCUUCUACUACAAUGUCAAAAACAUUAUUCCUGUCAAUAAGGAUCCAACCUUGGAGUUUCUGAGAAAAUUUGGGGUUGGUCUUCUCUCGGGCACAAUAGCCUCAGUCAUUAACAUCCCUUUUGAUGUUGCCAAAAGUAGGAUUCAAGGGCCUCAGCCAGUUCCUGGAGAGAUCAAGUACAGAACCUGUUUUAAAACAAUGGCCACGGUCUAUCAGGAAGAAGGCAUUUUAGCUUUGUAUAAAGGCCUGCUUCCCAAGAUUAUGAGGCUUGGACCAGGUGGUGCAGUGAUGCUGCUGGUUUAUGAAUACACCUAUUCAUGGCUUCAGGAGAACUGGUGAUUGCCUACAGAGUAUUUUUCCCCCUUGUGAUAAUAGAUAUUCAUUAUACAGCACCAUGAGAAGAAGAGAAUAUCGAUCAGCUGAGCCGAUACAAUGAUAAAUUAUAAUUAUACAAUUAUAUACAAUUAUAGAGGGUAAAACAGUUUGUUCAAGAACAAAACCUAUUUUGAUACUUCAAAAAUUAUCUCUAGACAAUUUGAAACUGUCGUUUUGGUCAUAUCCAUAAAACUGUGAGAAGAAAAAUACUACUAUGAAGCAAUGAGGUAUAUAAACUGAAUAUAGAAAAAUAGCAUGAAAUCAGAUCUAUAUCAUAAAAGCAAUAUAAAUUUUAUGACCUAUGUUCCUCUUACACGGCUUCACAAGGAAAAUUCAUUGUGUUGAUGAUUAUUUUCUCCCAAAAGGUCAA